UUGGUGACUUCCUUGACAACAACAGGUGCCCGAGGUAAACGAUUGUAAACCUGAGAAAUAAUGAACGUUGGAAAUUAAACAGUAUUCUUCUAAUAAUUGUACAUCAACUGUUGAAAGAUGGCUUUAAUACCUCCAGAAUUGAAGGGUAUUCCCACAAUAUUUGGAGAGGUGCUAGAGAAAAAUGUUACAUUUUGUAUCGACACGUCUGGAAGUAUGUACAAAAGUCUUGACGUUGUCAAGGAACAUUUGAUAGAAACAUUACUAAAACAUGCUAACAAGCCACCACCUAGGUCUUUCAACAUCUUAGAAUUCAAUUCUGAUGUCACCCAAUGGGCGGAUAAAAUGGUUAAGUGUUCACCACAAACAGUGACUGUGGCUACAGACUGGAUUAAAAAUUUAACCCCUAAAACAGGAACAAAUACCCAGGGUGCUUUGCUGACGGCUUUGUCAGAUUCAGCAUGUGGAGCUGUGUACAUUGUCACUGAUGGUCUAGCAGAUCAGCACCCUGUGGACAUUUUAGAUAGUGUAUAUGAAGCAGCUAGGGGACGUCCAAUCCACUGUAUAUAUCUAAGUUCUGAGGAACGUACAGACAGUGUGGCAGUUGAAUUGUUGGAAGAUCUAGCUGUUGAAUCAUACGGAUCAUUUCAUAUCAUAACAUUAACAACACAUGGAUGUGUUGAACGAAUAACGCCAAUUUAUCGUGCAGAUCAUGCUGCAGAACGCUUAGUCAGAACAGCUAAUGGUACAAUUCAUAGCCAGGACAAAAUGUGCAGUAUGUCAACAUCACUUGCAGUGGACCCGGAAGAAAGUUUGUAUCUCACACCUCGAGUCAAUGCAUUUGGGCAGUAUGCCCCAUAUUUAGAUCCUAUGUACCCUUAUCAAUAUCCUCCUGGGUAUUCUCCAGGCCUUCCGUGGAAUGCCUAUCCAUUUAGGUAUUAUUAUCCACAUGGUUGGAGCAGAUAUCGUCCAGCAAGGAAUUAUUUGAAAGCAAAAGAUGCCAUGUUAGGGAGCAUUGAGGGGGAUAUCUCCCCUGCAGCUGGUGCCCUGUUGAUUGGUAAAAGUGUGCUGGCUCGUAGAUUGGAUGAUGGAUAUUUUUACCAGGGAACAGUCAAAAGUCAGAUUUUGUCAGACAAAUUCCUGGUUGCAUUUGGUCCAUGUAAGCAUGGUAAAUACAAAGAUACAACCUAUCAAGAUACACAUGUGUAUGACAUCAUUGAUUAUGAAGAUGCUAAACGACACACAAUUCUGGCUGCCGAUCGUGUGCUGGCACCAUGGGAGGCAGAUGGUGAAAGAUUUGCUCCAGGAAUAGUCAUUGAUGGACAUGAGAAAAGACAAGCCCCAGGUCCUGAAGAUGAUGUUUUAACAGUAACAUUUUCAAAUGGUAAGACAGCUCAAGUUCCUUCUCAUACUGCAAUAUGGACACCCACAACUGUAUAUGAACGACUAGCUUUAGAACUUAAAAUGCCCAAAGAAGCCAGAGAGAAACUCCAAUCUCAAGAAGAAUAUCCAAAAGAAUCUUUACCAGGCUAUCCUACAUCAGGACCAGAGGCAGAGCCAGAAGAAUUUGGAAAAGCCCCACCAUUUGAGUUUAAUUUAGACCCAAUGGUUUUGGAAACAAGACCAUGGCUGAGGCCUUACAUACAUGUACCUUUGGGACAGACCUUAGGCCAUACAAUGACACAGAGAACAAAAUCUGCUGUCCGCAGUGAGGAAAUAAGCAAACUUGUUCCUGGAACAACACUUACAAAUGGCGAGCUUGAACGAAAAAUAAGUAUGCAGCUGAAUGAACAUAAACAAUUACUUGAUGAACAAGAAAAAGAAAAGGUAGGAAAAGAUAAAGAAGAAACAUAUUGUGGAAUAUCAGACAAGGAAAAAGAAGAACAAAGAUUAAGAGAGGAAGCUUUACUGCUUAGACAAGAACAAGAAAGAGCAGAACUAAGAGAGAAAGAAAGAAUAGAAAUGCAAAGACGAGAAGAAGAAAGAAGGAGAGAUGAGCAAGAAAGACACAGGUUUCUGGAAGAAUUAAGAAGAAAAGAGGAAGUAAUUUCUGGAAAAAGACAAGUUACAGAAACUGAGGAGAUAGAAAAUAGAUUGCAAGAGCAAAAAUUGGCCGAUGCAUAUGGUGAAUGGAAAUCGGCAGAAUGGGAAUUAGCAUUGGAAACUGAGCGAUUGGAACAUAUAGCUCGACUUGAAGAAAUUGAAAAGUUACGGGAACUUGGUGGUGAUAGACUGUUGCAAAAGAGACAAAAACAGGAGGAAAAUAUGUUUAAAAAGUCUGUAUCAUUCAGGGGAGAUAAUGAGAUCAAACGAGAACGACCACAGUCAGCACAAGUUCUUAGGUCUGAUACCGGUGAAGAACAGUUUGACUACAGAAGAUUUGCUGUUGAUGAUAUGGAUAUGUCCAGGAGAAGCAGAUUAGGUCUUUAUCGUCGCUCAAGAAAUAAGUCCCCUCAGCGACCCGUAUGGAAAAAAUAUUGGAAGAGCGAUCCUGCUCCUGAGAUCAUUGCACCAAAUACACAUGGUGCAUUCAGAGAAACUGCUCUGCAAUGUCCUUUAGAAGCUAGAGAUCAAAGAGGACAAUAUAUUGCUGAAUGGACAAGUCCUAUGUCUAAGUAUGUAGAUAACUACGCCACACACGAUUAUUCCAAUUCUGUUGAAUUACUUAUGAGGCACCCACAACCCCCUCCUCCUAGUAAGACAAGAUCAGAAGUCAAACGACAGGUGGUUCAAAGGCAUCCAGCAGAAGAGAAGGAGGAAAGAAGAAUGAAUUUUAGGAGGCAGCAGGUACAAAAUAGGCAGCAAGCUUGGGACAAAAGAUCAAGACAAGAAGACAGCAUGAAAGAAUUGAUGCAAGACCAUCAUCGUGAUCGUGUAAUUGCUCAACUAGAACGUGACCACCAACGGCAAGUCAAAGAACAACAAACUGUAGAGAAAGCAAGGGAAGCUAAGAAACAUAUCAGUGCUGAGAUACGGUCAAAGAUUGAGGCUAAUCAGCUGAAAGAGAGAGAAAGAGACCAACAACGAAUAGAUGCUCUGAGGCUGAGAAGAGAAAGAAGGGAGGCAAUUCAGGGACAACGAGCUCGAGAAGUGGAGCAAGUCGAAAUGAAAAGACAGGAAGUCAAAGAGAGAAACUCACAAGCCAGAUGGGAUUCCCAUAAUCAGAGACUUAUAUAUGAAGAUAACCAAAAUCAUACCGAAGAUUGUAGGGUGAGAGCCGCCAAAAUAAAUCGCAUUCAGCAUUUCCAUAAAUUGGAAGAACAGGGACAAAUGAGGAAGGAUGCUAGAAUCGGAAUUACUAAUCAACACAUAGCAAUGUACCAGUCUCAAGUGUUACCAUAGAUACAUUGUUCAAUAGGUCAAAGGUGAAGGUCAAAUUAUAUUUGUAUACUAGUCCGUUUGAAGAAGUAGAAUAAUGCUUUUAGAUAACUCACUGAAUGUGUUAACUGUCUUAGAAAACUAACAAAGGAAGACUUGUUUGCCCUUUUAUAAGUACUAGAGAGAUUAUGAACAGGAUUUCUUUUUUAAAUUUGAAGCAGAAAGAAAUGUGCUCUUUAUUUUUAAUCAGUAAUUAUUAGACCCAAUACAAAUAAUCAUGAUUUCUGAUCAGAUAUAGUUGUUGGCUAAUCAAUGUUUUUUGUGCACUCUUCUGAAAAUAUUACCUAGAAUGCUUCAAAUUCUGAAAUUUGUAUAUACAGCAGAAGGUACUGUUUGAUAUUACAAAUAUAUCUCCCUUAUAUAGUAAACUUUUUUCAAAUCAGAGUUAUCUCCCUCAUAUAGUAAAUAUUUGUUAGUAUUUUCUGUCUCAAUGUAAAUAAUUAGAAUUACCUAGAUUAAUGCGCACAGAUGCCUUAUAGAUGUAAUUGCUCAGUUUUGUUAUAGAAGAAUUAAAUGAAUUGUUACAUGUAUAUUUUUAUAUAUGACCCCCAGCAAGAAUGUGAUAGUGUUAUAUGAAGUUUAUUUUAUGUGGUGAUAUGUGAUAAUAAUUUUCGACUAUUACAAAAUAUGUAAAUGUAAAAGUCUUUCCCAAUUGUAUGUUACUCUAUUGACCAUAAAAAAAGGUUAGAUUUGAAAAGAAUCUUAUUAUGGGAAACAUGGAUGGAAAUGGAUAGAAAACAAAAUAUUAAUGAAAAGAAAGUUAAUGUUGAUGAAUAGAAACAGAUAUUGAAUUGAAAAUUCAUGGAAAUGAAUAAACAUCAAAUUGAUUAAAAUAAAUGACAAAAAAGUAUCAUAUAGAGUGUAUUCACUCAUUUCAACUUUUAUAUUCAUUUUUCAUCAUCAUAUAUUCCAGUAUGGAAAAUAUGUGAUUUAUUCAUGUAAAAAUGCAAUUUUGUGAUUUCAUUAUCAUUAUGGGAUGUGUCAGUCAAACAUAUAUUUGUGAUAGAAUAAGAAAAUGUGUGUUUAUUAAACAUACUUCAACGAU